CGUUAAAUUUUAUUCUAAUGUAGUGUUUUGUGCUUAUUCAAGUUGAGUAAUUGCUUAAAUUAUAUUAAAAUGAGUGCGGAAAAGCUAAGUAGUGAUGAAGUACCAGAGAAGUUUACCAAUUGGCUACUGGCUAUGGGAUGUCCCACGGAAAAAGUACCAUCAAUCGAAAGGAUUACACAAAUGUGUAGAGGCCAGUACUACAUGGUAUGGCGCAGCCUUAUGGAACAUGUUGAAGCCAAAAAUAUUAUUCGACAGAAAAGACUACAAGUAUUCUGUGAUGAUGUGAAAAUCUGCAAAGAAAAAAAUGUAUUCAAUGAGUGUAGUCCAAGUGCAGUGGUCCCAGAGCAGAUUUUGGUGUGGAGGAACCAGCAGGAGCUCAGAGAUAAAGUGGCCGAUGCAGAAGCAAGAGUCGAACAAGCUCAGAAUAAUCUCAACGAGCUUAUAAACAGAAUAUCCUGCAAAUUAAGUCAAAGAAACAUAUCGCGACGCCGAAUAGAAGAUUUACAGCGUCGCACUUGGUUGCUUCGACAAGUGUCGAAUGAACUCAAUGUUAAGAAAGCGAACUUAGAGGAGACAAGAUCAAUAGCUAAAUCACUGUUUGAUGUGAAUAACGAUGAGGAUAUAGAGAGCAAAUUAGAGAAGUAUAUUACCUCAGCAAUGCCAACGAACCAAACUGAUACAAUGCCAUUAUCAAAUCCCAUUGCCAGUUCCUCUAUAGUAUCUACAAAUGAAAAUGAAACUGCCAGUGAAAAAGAGGAGAACAGGAUAUCGCUGGUGACCUGUCGUGGAGACGUCCUGUGGCCGCUAUUGUACGAGAAGCGAUCGGCUUUAGUCGCAGAACUGUCUCUUGUUAAUGCAAAACAUACACCAGAUAUUGAUAGUAAUAGGAUCACUCCCCAAUCAGUACUUGCUCAUACUGCAGCUCUGCAUUCCAAUUUAGCCCUUGAGGUUAUGAAGAAUAAGGUCUAUAUUAAACAAACUCACGAAAGAUUCGCUGCUGCUGUCGAGGAACUCAAUAACUAUAUAACUGGCGAAGCUUGUGAGUUGCUUGUAUUACGCUGUGAGCGAGCUAGAUCGGAAGCCAGAGUUAAAUCGAUGAAAACUCUUCUAGAAGAAUUGUCCACUAAGAGCGGCGUGUUCCGCGUCGAAGGUGACGAGGUUGAAGAUAACCAAGCUACCGUUAAGAAGAUUGCCGCUAUCGAUAAAAGUAUUAUAAACGCAAGAGACGAGUUAAAGAGGCUGAUACUAUCGUUAGCGGCAACUGAACGGAAGAUAAAUAGCAUCAAAGAAUGCUUAGUCGCUGUUUUCAAUGCCUUCCAUAAUAAUACAAAUAUACAGGAAAGUGAACGAUUUCGCGGUGUCCAAUUAGACUUUCCACAAGAAUCGAUAUCAAUGAUUCGUCAGUUCUACACAGAGAGAUGUGAGCGGAACAGGAAUAAUGGAAACCUGAGUCUGGAUUGCGAUGUAUCGGACACAUCGUUUAAUGAUGUUUCAGAUUCCAGUCCGAGGUUCGUGGACGAAUUGAGAGUAUAUUUAAAGAAAUUCAACUUGGAAAAGAACAGAAAACUCAUUUUGGACAGCGGAGAAAAGAUUUGGAUAUUUGAAACUUUAAAGACACUCGCAUCCCGACUGGGUUUCCGCUGGCUCAGUGACGAUGUAACGCCAAUAAUAUGUCCGUCCGUUCGUGUUUCAAACGCUGUACAAAGCCUCGUUCAUAGAGUACAAGAAAAGACUGUACUAACGAAUAUUGUAAAGGGGGUAAAUGAGAAAGGAGCCAGUAACAUUGAUAUAGAUAUAUCUUCUAAAGUACGUAACGAAGAACAAGUCGCAGAUAAAAUAAAGAAAAGCAUUUCCGAGAACUUAAUCCUUUUACAGAAGAUCAGCAAGACGUUCGAUCUUAGUCAGGAAAAUCUACAGUUUUGGGCAAAUGACGAAAUUAAAAAGUUUAUGUCUACCAACAGGACAGUCGAUGGGAAGACGUAUAAGGAUUACGAAAGUUUUUAUUUAGAAAAUAUAAAAUUAAAGUCGUAAUACAUUGUUUUUAUUUCAAUAGUAAAAUAAG